AUGGAGGUAGGCGGCGAUCUUGUAGUUGACUUAGUCACAGCUGCGCUGUCCAGCGGAAUAGACCCCCUUUCCAUCAUCGUCAACCUCCUGGUUAAAGGUGGUGUCAAGAUUGCCCGAAUAUAUCUCGACCAUCGUGCAUCCAAGCAUUUCAUUGAAGAGAUAAAAAUUCUGUUUGUCGGGUUGACUGAGAAGGGAUAUAUUGAGCCCUUGGUACCACGACCAACAGUUCAAGACAAGACGGCACCUAUAGGGUGGAUUAUGACACCUAAAGGAGUCGAUUCACUCUUCUUUUCAAUUUAUCAUGACAUCAACCGUGGAAGAAUCGCCCUUGGUCUCUCUAACGCCCGCCUCAAAACCCUAGGCGUCUACCAAUCACUGAUUGUCAACCUCAACUCCCAAUCCAAGGGGACAGCCAUCCGAUCACGACUAGGCAUCACAUAUCCACCCCAAUGGCGGCAGUGGAUGUUGGAACGUAUGAAUCCAUUUCAGUACCUGCCAUCUUAUGAGAAAAGGGAAAUUGGUCUCUUUGCGAGGGGCAUGGUGAGAAGAGCACUGCAAUCUGAAGGCCAGCAGGACCGACUUCUUGCGCGCGCUUUGGGAUUAGCGCAGUUCUGCGGUCUGGGUGAAAUAAGCCUGGCGGAUUUGAUAGAGCUACUUGUCCACGCUUGUCAUUACGAAAAGAUCGCUCGACGAUACCUCGCUGCCAAUCUAGGUGUACACCACAGUAUCUUCACGGGCUACGCAUUAAGGGACUGUCUACCCGGACCACAGCUGGGAAGCCUUCAGAAUCCCAUUGAGAAUUUUGCCCAGAUAGCCCCGACAUUCUAUGACUCAUUGGUUCUAGUUGGUGUUAUAGAGCGCGGAAAGCCUCGAAUAAACCGUGUGGAGGAAAUGCGGAAUGUGCGGUUCCGGAUCGAUGGUGGAACAAUUAUCACAGAAGGCGAGCCAGUAUAUAUGAUUUCUGGCUGGGCAAGUGCCCUCCAUCACAGACCACAGAAUCAUCCUCAAAACCGCUCUACAGCUCGAGACUUCACUGUGGGGUUUCUUCGGGAACUAGGUAUGGAGCUUGUGCCUCCCCCAGCCCGUCUUAGAGUUGGAAAUCUAAGUGGGAAGGUUUCUGGCCAUGACGUGCAUGGGAAUCCACAUUAUUUCUCGGCGGAGCUUGAAACAGUGCGAGUUAAUAUUAAGAGAACGCCGGGAGGCCAAUUAGUGGGAAAAGUCGCUGAAUUCGGUGAUUUCAAGCCCAUUCCAUUUGGGGGACAGGGCGUGUUUGGGGUUCCGUGCGGGUGCAACGCACCUGAUAGGAGCAAACUUCUCGAUAAAUCCCACCUCAAAAAGAAACUGAUCAAUAUGUUUCGAUACAGAUUGGGCCAGGGCUUACCGAUAGGCUAUGAGAAGGUUCUCUGUCACUGGACCGCAGGUGAUAUUCCUUUGAUAUUAUUUUGGCAGGAUGGGUUUGUAAUGGGUACAUAUAUCCAGGUGGCUGGGGAAUGCAUGUACUGUGCCACUACGCGAGCUUUUGGGAGUGGAUGCACAAAUAUUAUUGCAGGGGCUUGGUGA